AUUCAUGGCUAUCUGGAAUCGUUAGCUUCUGAACACUCUGAUAUUGCUUCAAAUAUAUCAAUCGGGAUGUCCUAUGAAGGCCGUGACCUUAAAGUUAUCAAGAUCAGUGGAGGAACUUUGAAAGACAAACCAAUCUUGUGGAUAGAUUCUGGAAUCCAUGCUAGGGAAUGGAUCUCUAUAACUACAACUACGUACAUAGCUACGCAGCUUGUAGAAAAGUACAAUAGUGAAGAAGAUGUGAAGAUGCUGGUUGAUACAUUUGAAUGGUACAUAAUGCCAUGUGCGAAUCCUGAUGGUUACGAGUAUAGCCAUACUAAA